UAACACCCACACGGUACCCCCCUCUCUCUCACUAUAUAUAUAUAUAUAUAUAUAUAUAUAUACAGUGUGUGAAAGUGUGAGUUUAGUUUUAAUUUCAAUCUUCUUGUUGGGUACAAUAUAUUUGUGGAAAUGUCUAGUCCUGAUCAUGUAGUAGAAGAUGGUACUAGUGAUCAUCAAGCAUUUAGCCAGAAACCACUAAAUGGAAAGAAACUUUCUUGGCAAAAGCUCAGGCGACAUGACUCCUUGGAUAUUGAAUCCGCCAAGAUUCAAGGCCAUCACGCUCACAACUCCAAGGGUACUGCGGAUUGGUCGGUGAUACUGCAUCUAGCAUUCCAGAGCCUCGGGGUAGUGUAUGGAGACAUCGGAACCUCACCUCUUUACGUGUAUGCCAGCACUUUCAGCGACGGAAAAAUUAAACACAACGAUGACAUAUUGGGUGUUCUCUCUUUGAUCUUCUACACCCUCACUCUCAUUCCUCUUCUCAAGUAUGUCUUCAUCGUCUUACGGGCAAAUGAUAACGGGGAUGGAGGAACAUUUGCUUUGUACUCUCUACUAUGCCGAUAUGCCAAGGUGGGUUUGAUUCCAAGUCAAGAAGCAGAAGAUCGAGAUGUGUCAACGUAUAAAUUUGAUUUGCCUAAUAAUCGCUUGCUACUAGCAUCGAAGCUCAAGUCUAAGCUAGAGAAUAGCCAGUUUGCGAAGUUUUUCCUCUUAUUUGCCACAAUGCUUGGCACAUCAAUGGUCAUCGGUGAUGGUGUCCUCACACCUUGUAUCUCAGUGUUAUCGGCUGUUGGUGGGAUCAAGGAAGCUACGUCCUCCAUGACAGAAGAAAGGAUUGUUUGGAUAGCAGUUGCCAUCUUAGUCUGCCUAUUCAUGGUCCAAAGAUUUGGAACUGACAAAGUUGGCUACAGCUUUGCUCCCAUAAUAUGUGUCUGGUUCGGUCUCAUUGCCGGCAUUGGCGUCUAUAAUUUCUUCAAAUUUGAUUCCACUGUUGUUAAAGCCAUAAAUCCAAAGUACAUCAUUGAUUAUUUCGUGAGGAACAAAAAACAAGCGUGGGUUUCACUUGGUGGCGUCGUCCUCGCUACAACAGGAACUGAAGCAUUAUUUGCCGAUGUUGGACACUUCACUGUUCGAUCUAUACAAAUAAGCAUGUGCAGUGUUGUGUACCCAGCACUCAUAUUAGCUUACACUGGACAAGCCUCUUUCCUUCGCAAGCACAAUGAUUUGGUCUCAGAAACCUUCUACAAGUCCAUACCACACGCUUUGUAUUGGCCAAUGUUUGGUGUGUCCAUAUUGGCGUCAAUCAUAGCAAGCCAAGCCAUGAUUUCGGGGACUUUCUCAAUUAUCCAACAGUCCCUCUCUCUCGGCUGCUUUCCUCGUGUUAAAAUUGUUCACACAUCGGCUAAGUACGAGGGACAAGUUUACAUCCCUGAAGUCAAUUAUCUUCUCAUGUUGGCUUGUGUUGGUGUCACUGUUGGCUUCAGAACUACUACAAAGAUUGGCAAUGCAUAUGGGAUCGCGGUGGUGUUUGUGAUGACUCUAACAUCAGCAUUCCUAGUAUUGAUCAUGAUCAUGAUAUGGAAAACCCACAUACUUCUGGUGAUUUCAUAUGUUCUUGUGAUUUGUACGGUUGAAUUUCUCUAUUUAAGCUCAGUCCUCUACAAAUUCGAUCAAGGAGGAUAUCUACCUUUGGCUUUCGCAAUGCUUCUAAUGGCUAUCAUGUACACUUGGAAUGAUGUGUACCGAAGGAAAUACCAUUAUGAGCUAGAUCACAAGAUUUCUCCUGAGAAGGUGAAGGAGAUAGCUGCUGAUACAGACUGUUGUCGAAUACCAGGACUCGCUAUCUUCUACUCGGAGCUUGUUCAUGGAAUUCCACCCAUCUUCAAGCAUUAUGUGGAAAAUGUACCUGCAUUACACUCCGUCCUCGUUUUUGUCUCAAUCAAGUCACUACCCAUAAGCAAAGUUCCAGUAGAAGAGCGAGUCAUCUUCAGAAGAAUAAAACCAGAUGAGCUCAAUGUGUUCCGUUGUGUUGUGAGAUACGGAUACACUGAUGCACGCAAUGAACAUGAGCCCUUUGAAAGGAUGUUAGUUGACAGGUUGAAGGAGUUCAUUAGAGAGGAUUCGAUGUUUCAUGCAAUGGUAUGCAAUAACCAAAAGGAUGGAGAAAUAGAUGAUGGAUCAGGUAAUGGUGAUAACGUUAACGAGGAUUCAAAGCAAGCUGAAGCUGAGAAACAAGUAGAUGCAAUGGAGAGAGAGAUUGAAGUAGUGGAGAAAGCAUGGCGAGCCGGGGUUGUUCACUUGAUGGGUGAGAAUGAAGUGAUUGCAGGGAAAGGAGCUAACAUAGGAAAGAAGAUAUUGAUAGAUUAUGCUUACAAUUUCUUGAAGAGGAACUUGAGACAGACUGAGAAGGUGUUUGAUAUACCUCACAAGCGCAUGCUAAAAGUGGGAAUGACAUAUGAGCUUUAGAACAUCAACCAAGCUAUAAGAAGAAAAUUCAGCACACUUGAUGUAGUUAUAUUGUAGAGGACAAUAAAAAUAACAGUCUAGCCUCUAUACUUGUGGAGAGGAGAUGAACCUCUGCAGAUUAACAUAAAGUGUAAUAUCUGCUUCCCUUGUCCAGCAAGUGAUGGCACAAUUAAGUGUCUGAGCAAAUGCAUGUAAUGUAAAAAAUAGUCUUGAGUGUUAAAUUUUGUUAUAAUA